UAAUGAUGGGUCGAAUGCGUGAGGAUCCAUUUGCAGCUUGUUUAUUAAAAGUACUUACAGAGUAGACAGGGCAAAGGCAGAGACACAAACAGGGACAGGCAAUGGUCGAGGCAGGCAGCAGACAAACUGUAUCGGGUCACAGGCGGAGAUCAGGGCAGGCAGCAAACAAUCACAGUCCAGUACACAGGCAAGGUUCAGGGCAGGCAGCAGAGAAUCACAACGAAUAAACAAUCCAACGGUAACAGGGUAAACAGUCCACAAGAAAACGCUCAGAGUUGAUCACCGGGGCAAAUCAAGACUUCGCCCAGGGUGUGUGUGUGUGUGUGUCUUAAAUAGUCCAGGUAAUGAUCUGCAGGUGUGUGUGGCAAUUGGUGAUUGGUGCAUGUGAUUGGAAGGGAGGAUUAUGGGAAGUGGAGUCCAGGAACUGACAGGAACAGACAGUGAUCGUGACAUAACGCCCCCCUUCCGGAAGGCGCGUCCUCGCGGCGUAAAUGGCACAGAUAGGGAGGGGGGGUGGGUACAUUGGAGACCUGUUGGCAGACGGGAACGGGGUCUCCAAUGCAGGUCCAGGAACUCGGGCAGCCACGGCGGGUCAGGUGCCACGGGCAGCCACGGCGGGUCAGGUGCCACGGGCAGCCACGGCGGGUCAGGUGCCACGGGCAGCCACGGCGGGUCAGGUGCCACGGGCAGCCACGGCGGGUCAGGUGCCACGGGCAGCCACGGCGGGUCAGGUGCCACGGGCAGCCACGGCGGGUCAGGUGGCUUGGGCGCCCACGGUAGGUCAGGGUCCGUAGCCGGCCACAGCAGUUCACAGGCGGUUGAAGGCCGUGGGCGUGUAAGGUCCCCACCCGCAAGCUCAAGCAAUUCGGAGGCCGCUGAUGAUCGCGGCCGUGCAGGGUCCCCACCCACAAGCUCCCCACCCUCAGGUAUAUGGCCCCCCCCCAAAAAGUUCUUGGGGAAUUCAACGGAGGCCGUGGCGGUUUCGUGGGUAAGGAGCUCGGGUGGCGCCGGCAGGGCGAGGAGCUCGGGUGGCGCCGGCAGGGCGAGGAGCUCGGGUGGCGCCGGCAGGGCGAGGAGCUCGGGUGGCGCCGGCAGGGCGAGGAGCUCGGGUGGCGCCGGCAGGGCGAGGAGCUCGGCGACGGCCUCCGUGGCCGUAUCAGGAAGAGCGGGCUGCUCUGGGACGGCAGCGGACUGCUCUGGGACGGCAGCGGACUGCUCUGGGACGGCAGCGGACUGCUCUGGGACGGCAGCGGACUGCUCUGGGACGGCAGCGGACUGCUCUGGGACGGCAGCGGACUGCUCUGGGACGGCCUCCGGGCUUACAGCGGGCUCUGGGAAGGCCUCCGGGCCUACAGCGGGCUCUGGGAAGGCCUCCGGGCCUACAGCGGGCUCUGGGAAGGCCUCCGGGCCUACAGCGGGCUCUGGGAAGGCCUCCGGGCCUACAGCGGGCUCUGGGAAGGCCUCCGGGCCUACAGCGGGCUCUGGGAAGGCCUCCGGGCCUACAGCGGGCUCUGGGAAGGCCUCCGGGCCUUGAGGGAUGGAGGAAGCCUUCUUCCUCCUCCUCCUCCUCCGUUUACAUGGUUGAGGCGGUGGCUCUAUGCCUACCUCCUCUGAGGGCGCUGCAGCGGGCUCACGGGUUGGAGCGGACUCGCGGACUGGAGCUGGUUCUGGAGUGGACUCACUGGCUGGAACGACCCCUAUGUUCCCAGACACUGGCGGGGCGGCCAUCUUGCCCGUGGGCACUGGCAAAGCGGCCAUCUUGUCCAUAGCAUCCAGAGAAUUUGAGUGCGUGGCAACCGGCGAGCUUGAGUGCGUGGCAACCGGCGAGCUUGAGUGCGUGGCAACCGGCGAGCUUGAGUGCGUGGCAACCGGCGAGCUUGAGUGCGUGGCAACCGGCGAGCUUGAGUGCGUGGCAACCGGCGAGCUUGAGUGCGUGGCAACCGGCGAGCUUGAGUGUGAAGCGGCCGGCGGAGGCUUAGGAAUGCCAGCCGCUCGUACUGAAGUCAGCGCUGGAUCAGCCACACUGGAACGCAACCCACUCCGCUCCCAAACAGAUCCAGAGACGUGAUGUAAUUCUAGAGGAUCAACGGAGACUUGACUUGGCUCUGGAAGAUCAGCGGAGACAUGAUGUGAUGAUGUUGUGGCCGCCAUUUUGUGCAGGCUCUCUUUAGAGGCAGCCAUUACAUGGGGGGACGAGGUGUCGCGUUCCUCCGCGACACCCACAGUAAAAAGUGAACCAACAGUAAGCAGGGCAAAGUCCAGAAAUUCCACAAACGACCCUCGGGGACCAUUAAUAAGUAAGUAGUCCUUCAAUGGUUCGUUUAAUCCAUAGCCAAAGAAGUCAAUGAGGGCACAGUCAGGCAGGUCAGAGAAAUAGGCAAUGUCUAAAAACUUCUGAAUGUGGUCCUCGAGUGUACAAUUACCUUGCCGAAGGCGGACGAGACGUAUUGCUGGGUCCAUGCUAAGGCUGGAAGCGCUCGUAGAAGCUGCUGGAUCGUUUGAUGGCGAAGUCUUCUGUAAUGAUGGGUCGAAUGCGUGAGGAUCCAUUUGCAGCUUGUUUAUUAAAAGUACUUACAGAGUAGACAGGGCAAAGGCAGAGACACAAACAGGGACAGGCAAUGGUCGAGGCAGGCAGCAGACAAACUGUAUCGGGUCACAGGCGGAGAUCAGGGCAGGCAGCAAACAAUCACAGUCCAGUACACAGGCAAGGUUCAGGGCAGGCAGCAGAGAAUCACAACGAAUAAACAAUCCAACGGUAACAGGGUAAACAGUCCACAAGAAAACGCUCAGAGUUGAUCACCGGGGCAAAUCAAGACUUCGCCCAGGGUGUGUGUGUGUGUGUGUCUUAAAUAGUCCAGGUAAUGAUCUGCAGGUGUGUGUGGCAAUUGGUGAUUGGUGCAUGUGAUUGGAAGGGAGGAUUAUGGGAAGUGGAGUCCAGGAACUGACAGGAACAGACAGUGAU